UAACAGUAAGCUAAAAGAAAGGUCUCACUCUCCCUUCCUUCUCUCCCUCUCCCUGACAGAGCCUCCCCACUCCCUCUCUCUCCUCGCCGCCACUCAAGAUGAAGGUCCUCGCCGCGCUGCUGUGCCUAGCCGUCGCCGCCUCCGCCAGGAUGGCCUACAGGUUCUCAGACGGCUACCUGGACAUCCUUGGCGCCGAGCCCGUCCAGAACUUUGACUGCACGGGCCGCAGCUACGGCUACUACGCCGACGUGGCCGCCUCCUGCCAGGUGUUCCACGUGUGCCUGCCCAUUCCUGACGAGACGGGCGAGGUGGUGGACAUGGCGCACUUUUCCUUCUUCUGCGGCAACGGCACAGUGUUCAACCAGGAGUCCCUCACCUGCGCCCACCCUGACUACGCCUUCCCCUGCGCCGAGGCUGAGACUCUCUACGAGCUUACCAAUGGAGAUUUCGGCCGCAUCCCUGAUAAUACUGUGUGAUAGGCAUCCCUCCGGUCCCCCACACCACUCCCCUCCCUCUCGUCUCCUUUUUCGCCCCCCCUUCCUAUCGUCCCCUACCUCCCCCCCUGUGCCGUCCCUCGCGUUUUCCAGUGUCGACCGCUCAGACAACCUAUAAUAAAGACCUAUUUUUUAUG